AUGACUGACCUACAAAUACUUAACAAUGAAAGCUAAAGUUAAAUAUUAGAAAAGAAAGAUUUGGAUAGUAAUUCUAUAUCAAUGGAUUUCGUCCUUAAAAUCUUAAAAGUUAAAGGAAAAAAGAUAAGAGUUUAGUUAUGGGAUAUAACAGGGACUUAAGAUCCAUCAACAGCAUUUACACCACUCUGUAUUCGGAAUGCUGUUGGAUGUAUAAUUGUUUCAAAGUCAGAUGAACCUGAUAUAAUAAAAGAAUCUUUGUAAUGGAAGUACAAUUUUGAUUUAAGGACAUAAAUUCCAGGAUAAUUACCAUUUCCAUCUGCUAUAUUUAUCAAUAAAUUCUGUCAAGAUACACAUUUCUCUGAAAUUUCAACUCAACAAGAUACUUUAUAAUUUGAAUAAAAAUUUACCUAUUCUCAGAAUUACAUGAUUGACCUAUUCACCAUAAACGCUGAAUCUGGUCAAGGCAUUGAAGAGGGUUUUAAAAAUCUUAUGGAGAUAGUAGUUGAAGAUUAAUUGAUCAAUAGAAUAUCAUAUGAUGUAUUAAUAGAGCAAAAUUGGGAUGAGAGUAUUAAAAUUAAAUGUAAUAGAGUAACAAAGAGAUUACCUAAACUUAGCGUGAGAAAGGAAUCAAAUAACGAUACAUCCAGUGAUAACGAAAGCAUUCAUGAUAUCAUACCAUAACCCAAGAAAGGAGAAUAAAAUUUAAACAGCAUUCAAUAAACUUUAGAAUAGAAUCCUCAGUAAUCAAAAUAAUAAAACUAUAUAACCCCCAAUAAUUAUAACAUUAACUAUCAAGCAACGUAAUAAUCAAUUAAUACUCGAACAUUAAGUUUAAAGCAAUCUUUUCAUACAAAGAAUAAAAAUAAACAAUAAGCCAAAAAAUGUAAGUGCUGA